GCGAAGAAAAACAGAAGCUCCGAAAAACGUGAAAAUAACCUGCUUAUCAUCGCUGAUACGCUGCCGCACAGCACGACACGUAUUUGCCACUUUGUGGCGCAGUGCAUUCCAGAAGCAGUGAUUGAAAAUCUAACUAUUGCUGCCCAGGAAGAGCCUGUCAACUUGCGAACCCAAAUCUCUGCGGGCAUGGAGUGCAUCGUACGCUAGCAAAUGUGAAUGUUUUGUGUUCUUUGAAGUGUUGUUUAGAAAGUGAAUUGAUUAGAAGUGUGUCUUUAGUGUGUUAAUUCGACGAACGUCUCUCUGUAGUCGAUCGUUUGUACUUGUGCAUGUACGUUAUUCGGUGUGAAUCGUCUUCAUUUUCCACAAUUUUGCACUAGCAACGAAGUGGUGCGUUCUUUGUUUACAAAAUUGCCAGCACCCCAUCGGGGGGCCAGGUCAACCGCUGCGAAUUUGUCAUCCAAAAAAGUAAAAAAAAAAGAUUCGCCCCUACAUCUCUGUGCAGCUGUGUGCACCUGUGUGGAUAACAUUGAACGAGAGCUCGUUAACCGGAAGCGAAGCGAAGGAUUUCCGUUUGAACUGUUGCGUAGUAGAAAUAUCAAACCCCUUCCUUUUCACACACGCACGGAGGCGGAACUCUGCUACUCUUUUUGGCACGCUGUCCAUCUAAUACGUGUGCGAGCGCUCUCUGUCGCUCGGGCGUGAGAGCUCAAAAGAGCAGAACGAGCAGUAGGAGCAGCCUCUUGACCAGCCAAGGUCACGAAGCGUCACACUCCGCGGAUAGGCAGACAAGGCAGGCCGAACCCUUUGCAUGUUUACGUUCACACGACGUGCUGUGUCGGAUGGAAGAGAGGAAGCCUUCUGGCUACCAGUAAAGAGUGUGUGCUUCUGUCGCUAAAAUAAACCCCCUUGUCGAUAAGCGUGUAACGAAGGCUCUACCAAGGCCACAGCAGCCACAAAACACUGGUGAGCGGUUCCUGGCUGUACAAUCAUCCAGUGGAGAAAGCUGCUACAAGAGCCAACCGGACCUAAUUACACUGCCUUUCUUCGCAUCGUACAUCGUUGAUGGUUUGAAAACUGGAGACAUCUUACGAACGACAGUGCAACAACCAUGAUGCAAGCGGAGGACACCGAAAGUCUUUCGUGGAUCAGCGAUAAGCCACCAACGACCGAUGGAACGCUCGCAACACAGCCACCGGAUGUGGUAUCCGGUCCGUUUACAUCACUUCCACUCGAUAUGACCGAUACCGACGAUAUAGACGAUCGACGAUCACCGGCAAUGAAUGGUCCCAUCGGCACUGGCAGCAAGAAGGAACGUAGCUUCCUGCUGAUGGACGAACAGGAACGGAUAUGUGUCCGGUCGGCCGAACAGUUUUGUAAGCGGCUAACCGUAUCACCCGAUGCGAAGCUAAAGGUCGUCUCCAUUUUCGGUAACACGGGCGAUGGGAAAUCGCACACAAUGAAUCACGCACUGUUCGGUGGUCGAGAUGUCUUUAAAACUUCCUCGGAACAGGCGUCCUGCACGAUGGGCAUCUGGGCCGCUUAUCAACGACAGAAGAACGUGCUCGCGCUCGAUACCGAAGGUUUGCUCGGCGAGACGGUGAACGAAAAUCGACAGAUGCGCAUGUUGCUCAAAGUGUUGGCCAUAUCGGACAUUAUCAUCUAUCGCACGCGGGCCGAACGUUUGCGCACGGAUAUGUACAAAUUUCUCGGCACGGCUUCGAAAGCUUUUACGAAGUACUUUUCCGGUGCACUGCAAGCACUCGAUUUGCCCGGCCCGCCACAAGCCCUGGGACCGGCGGUAAUUAUCUUUCACGAAACGCACAAUACGGAGGUAUUGAAGGAGGAUGACGAUGGUAAAAAGGAGGAAGAUAUUCUGCGCGAACGGUUUGCCAAACUGCGGCUGGAGCUGAGUGCGUUCAGCUCACUACGGUACGUUGGCGUCCGGACGUCCAAACCACCGACCAACUAUGAGCUGCUGCGCAUGGUCUGGGAGAAGGAGAUCCGCAAUACGGCCGUCCGUUCGCCACGGUUGCCGCGGGUCGUGUUCGAGGCACUGCUGGCACUGAACAAUAAGUUCAACGGUGACCUUAGCCCGCUGCCGUUCAAUGCCUUCCCGGAGCAGUACUUUACCUGUACGACCUACUGCAAGUCGUGCGAUGCCCGCUGUCAGCUGUCGAUGGGCCAUCUCGAGCUGAAGGAGGAUCAUCGUUGCGGUACCAGCUGCAAGUAUCAGCAUCAGCACGAGAACAAGGUGUACCUGUGCAACCGGUGCUACGUGAACGGUCGCCAGGUGGUGGUCAGUAUUCAGACACAAAAGUCAACCGAUUCGUCAUGGAUGGGGUUGGCACUGUACGCGUGGAGCGGGUCCGUUAUCGAGUGUUCGCAUUGCGGGGAAAUUUAUCGUUCGCGUCAACAUUGGUACGGCAACAAAUCGCCUGAGCAGAAUGCAGUACGGACGGAAAUUGUUCAUGUUUGGAACGAUGGCGGUCUACAGCUGCAUGGACCAACACAUUCUGCCCAGCUCGUUCUGGACGGUGUGGCUUACAUUACGGAUGCUAUGGCAAGCGUUGGCUCACAACCAACGAAACUCGUCAAAUCGUGGGUAACGGACAAAAUACGACCUGCUUACUGGCGACCGGAUAGUGAGAUCAUUCAUUGCAAAGGUUGUAUCAGUAACUUUGAGCGGCUCGGUUUAAAGAAGCAUCACUGCCGCAGCUGUGGGGAAGGAUUUUGCAACCACUGCUCCAAGCAUGAGAUGCCUGUGCCCAGUCGUGGCUGGAACUAUCCGGUCCGAGUAUGCAACAGCUGCUGGAACGAUGGGCGGAACGGUGGCACAUUGGGUGCUGAUGGUACACCAGCUGCAAAUGGAAUCGCAUCGAACGGGAACCACCAACAAGAGCAAUCGCACCGGAAUUCAGAUCGUGUAAUUGAUGAGCAAGACCUUACUGAUGAUGCUGACCUCCUCGUGACGUCUUCUUCUGCAGGCAAUGGUAUCGAUGAAGCAAACAACGUACUAGUACGGCGGUACGGUGAGGCCGUUAUCAACACGAUCAGCAACAUUGGGGCCGUGCUGGAGUAUCCGAAAGACUUUAUCAAGGAAUCCGCCCGUCCUUCGUACUGGGUACCGGAUGCCGAGGCACCGAACUGCUUUAUCUGCGAGCUUGAGUUUGGCUCACCAGAAGAAUUGAACACAAUUGCAGCACUUGGUAAGGCAGCGGCACCACUAUCAUCCGGUGGAUCGACACCGUCUGCAUCGCCGGCAAAACGUGCCGAGAAUGGAAGCGAUACCCGUCCGAUUGAUGGAGUAACGCGGGCUACUCAGAGCACUAAGACUGCUGGUGGUGGCGUUUCAGCAACGCAGCGAUCUGGUUCGUCAUACCGAACCGUCGAUCGGCGAAGGCAUCACUGUCGGGCGUGUGGGAAUGCGGUAUGUGCCGGCUGCUCACAGAACCGUCGUCCCGUGCCGAAACGGGGCUGGCUGAGCGAUGUGCGCGUUUGCAACAGUUGCUACACGGCAGAAGAUUAAACCCCGAGUUCCUUCCUUCUUCCACAGCUGGUUCGCAAUUUCCUGUCCACCUUUUGCACGGUUAGCAAAUUAUUGAAGGUAGCUGGAUUUAUUUUUUCGUUUAAUGCCUUGCAUGUGUGGCACAUCGUUCAAAUAUCCUUUACGAGCAUUUCCUUUCAAAAGAAGCGAAUACUCAUGUUCCGCCCUUCUUCCCAGUUUGCAUUUCCAUGCGUAAUGCACGGAAGUGUGUAGCCAAAAAUACAAACGAACGAUUGAACCGUACGCACCUAUAAUUUGGCGCAGCACGGGUUUGACAAGCCGGCUGUGUCGAACCACCAAAAAUGUGAUGAUAUUUACUCCCUCUUUUUAUGAUAUCCCUUUUAUUAGCGUUUAGAAUCGGGACUGCGGAUAGGUUUUUAUUAUUCAAAUCAGUUCGGCUGCGAGUCGUGACUUUGGUGUGAAACCAAUAAAGACUAGUAUUUUGUUUAUGAAUUAUGUAAGUGAAAUAGUAUACAGCCUAGCUUUAAAACGUUCUUAUGAUUUUGAUUCAUUAGAUGCGUGUUUUUUUUUCUGUUACACAAUUCUUAUGAAAAUUGUACUGUGUUAGUGCGUUUCAAACGAAGCGUCUCGUUGAAUGCACACUUUUGCAUGUACUGGAUUGUCGCCAUGUCGUCUGUAGGGCAAACCUGAAAUGGUUUUAAAAAUCUACACGCACGGCGAAAGUCGUGCGAGAAUCAAAUAGAAGCAAGACACCCCAACCAUGUAUGAGGUCCGUUAAAAUGGACAUUUCAAACUGGUUAUGCUGCCAUCAGAUCUUUAUAUACCAGAGGUAUCGCAAUGUAUCGCAUCCUCCUCUCAAUUGAAUUUAUCACCAAACUCUGUACCAUUCGUGUUCUGAGCACGGGCAAUGGAAGGAUGGCUACGGCUACGGAUAGAAGCUUUCGUGUCGUGUAAAUGCAAAAAAAGAAAAACAAGAGUAAGCACACAGUGUAAACAUAGUUUAUAUGCGAUGUUUCGUAGUUAAACUAAUUAUUGAACUAUCCAACAGCAGAGCUCCUGUCGCUAGUGGCAUCUAACCUAUGUAUGGACAUGUCAAAGCAUAUACAUAAAGAUACAAGUAUAUAUAUUUCGAUAAUUCUUCAGAAGAACUCUUCGAAUGGCACAGAUUUAG